UUCUGCAUUUCUCUAAUUGCCAACAUAGUGCAAGGUUCGGUAGCAGCAUUGGAGAGUGACCUUUGAAUGGUCUGUAUAACAGCAACAUCACCUAUCAUCACAGAGAAGGCAAUACUUCUCUGGCACCUGGGAUCUACACGCUUAUUUCUCCCUUCUCUCUCUCUCUCUCUCUCUCUCUCUCUCCCUCCCUCUCUCUCUCUGUGUCCCAUCCUAUGUGGUCACUCUUAUCCAGAUGGGCUGUAUAAAGUCGAAACCAUCUUCUAAUGUGUCAGUCAAGACUGUGGAUCCCCCUUUUCAAGCAGAGAUUGGUCACUAUGUCAAAGACCCCACUUCUACAAUUGGAACAAAUAAACCAAGAGAGAAUCCAGGUGGGGGUGGAGAUGAUACCUCAGUCCUGGUGGCUUUAUAUGAUUAUGAUGGUGUACACCCUGAAGAUCUGUCUUUUAGAAAAGGAGACUAUUUCCAUUUAAUUUUGGAAUCAGGAGAGUGGUGGAAAGCACGCUUGAUUAAUACAGGAGAAGAAGGCUAUAUUCCAAGUAAUUAUGUGGGACGAGUUAAUUCUCUGGAGUCUGAGGAAUGGUAUUUUAAAGGGGUUGGUAGGAAGGAAGCUGAGCGGCAGCUGCUGUCCCCUGAGAAUCAAACUGGAGCCUUCAUGAUACGGGACAGUGAGACUAUGAAAGGCUCCUUCUCACUUUCAGUUAGAGACUUCAACGCUCAGACUGGAAACAUGGUGAAACAUUACAAGAUUCGUACUCUGGAUGAUGGUGGUUUCUUUGUAUCCCCUCGGAAAACAUUCAAAACACUUCACGAACUGGUCAGCUACUACCAAAAUAACAUGGAUGGACUGUGUCAGUAUCUCACCACCGCCUGUAAGACUGCCCGUCCAGAGAAACCAUGGGAGAAGGAUGCCUGGGAGGUCCCGCGAGAAUCACUGACCUUGGAAAAGAAGCUAGGAGCUGGGCAGUUUGGAGAUGUUUGGCUGGCAACAUACAAUGGGCACACACAAGUAGCUGUGAAGACAAUGAAACCAGGAACUAUGUCACCUGAGGCCUUUCUUGAAGAGGCAAACCUGAUGAAGACAUUACAGCACGAACGUCUGGUACGUCUGCAUGCCGUGGUGACCCGGGAAGAGCCCAUAUAUAUCAUUACGGAAUACAUGCAGAAGGGAAGUCUGCUAGACUAUCUUAAGAGCCAGGAAGGGAGCUCUCUGCCGUUGCAUCAGCUCAUUGACUUUUCCGCUCAGAUUGCUGAAGGAAUGUCGUUUAUUGAGCAGAAAAAUUAUAUCCACCGUGACUUGCGAGCUGCAAACUGCCUAGUGUCCGGGACAUCGGUGUGUAAGAUCGCAGACUUUGGGUUAGCUCGACUGAUUGAGGACUGUGAGUACACAGCCAGAGAAGGAGCCAAGUUCCCUGUAAAGUGGACAGCACCUGAGGCUGCUAACUACAAUUCCUUCACCAUAAAAUCUGACGUCUGGUCUUUUGGCAUCCUCCUGACAGAAAUUUGCACUUAUGGGAGGAUCCCAUAUCCAGGUAUGUCUAAUUUGGAAGUGAUCACUGCCCUGGAUCGUGGUUACCGCAUGCCCUGCCCAGCAAACUGCCCACAGGAGUUGUACACCAUUAUGCUGCAGUGCUGGCAACAAAACCCAGAGCAACGUCCAACCUUUGAAUAUCUGCAAGGCAUCCUGGAAGAUUUCUUCACUGCCACCGAGAGCCAGUACCAGCAGCAGCCAUGAUCAGUGCCCGACCACUCUCAUAUGCCAGGAGCAACUGAAUCUUGCCAGUUCAUGGAAUAACCACAACCACCGCAGUACGACACUGCACCCGGCUAUAAGGAUCAUGGUGGAUGGAAGAUUAUUUGCUGAUCUUUAUCCACAUGUGAUAGGAAUACAUUAUAUGUUUCAGUAACGUUAUACGGAGCUAUCACUGAAUUGCUAGAUUAUGGGGUAAAUCUGUUUUUAUUUGAAAUGUUCAUAUUUUUCCUUAACGUUAUACUGUGUAUAGUAGGUAUCGGUAUUGCUGUGCAGUGUAUGUUGCUGAUCUGCUCCUUCUUCCUAUCAUGACAGCUGGGUACAGAUUAUAGACUGAAUUUUGGACAUAUUUUGCUAUGUUUAAACACCUUAUUUAUCUCAUGCAUAUUAAUCUGCGGUAUUAUGCAGCCUUUGUGUAUAUGCAAUACUGGCGUUACUUCCUGCUUAUGCUGCGGGUGUAGGAUUGUUGUUGGUAAUUGGUUUAUUUGUGGAGGGAAAGGGAGAAUUUGUGAUAAAGAGGGAAUGGAGAGGGAGCUUAUGUGACCAGGCAUAAGAUAAGUGCACAUGGGUAAGUGACAAGUGUAAUAUUCCUGUGUAAUUUAGGGUGGGAUUCUUUAUCAAAGCUGAGGCAGAACUGGGUACUAGAUUGGUGGGUGGGGGUGCCUGCACAUGGCAGGAGAGGACUGUGGGGAAGAUUGGGCACUGCUCUUUCUGUGCAUCUAAAGGACCCAUGAGUUCUAAUGGCGGCCUGAGCUGUAGACUCUGAAAGUUCAUAUUACAGACUUCACAUAUUUCAGAUCCUCACUUUUUAUUUGCGGCAACGUGCCUAGUUGUCUGACACGCUUAUUGCUAUGUGAAUAUCCACAUAAUAUCCACAUAGUCCUUUGGAAAUGUCCCCAUAAAAGAGGGGAUAUUUCUACAUUUUCAAGCUUGUGCAUCCAUAUAAAAAAUGCAUGUAUAGAUGCAGCAAAUAUAACCUUACUGAGUGUAAGGCCAACACAUAUCACUCUUCACUCUCAGGAGACAUAUCAGGUUUGCACGCAGACACACUAAAAAGAGAGUCACACCAAACAUCCAACUUCCUGUCACAUAAGUCGCCCAUAACUUUAUUGUGACACACUUAAACAUAUAUAUACUUAAACUAGCUUAGCACUAAGAAAUAACGACACGGAGACUAGCUGCUAGAUUUAAAAGGUCAACAGGUAUUUAUUGUUUGAUGACCUAAUUUUAACUAUGUAAUGGAGGAUGGCAAAGAAAGACGCUACCAACUUACCAGCAUUAGUUAACUAGAAUAAUACCAAAUGACCUAGGAGGGGACUUACCACCGCCUCCUAACAACAUAACCCGCUUUGUGUAGGACUCACCACCCUUUACUCUAACAGAGCAAUGGACGAAACCGACCGGGAAUGUCCGUAGUCCACCCGCAGGGGGAGGACACCCUCGCCGUCUUACCAAAAGGGAGCUAUCUAUCGCCCACCUGGGCAACCCAAAAAGUUUCUGGAAGAAUUUUCUGCAUGGCUCCCUCACUUUCUUUCCUCUGACAUCUCCACCAUCAUUAUGGGUGAUUUCAAUCUCUCUAUUGACAGUCCACAAUCUCCCCAUGCCUCUAAACUACUCUCUCUAACCUCCUUUCUUAGCCUCUCCCAAUGGACUGACUCCCCUACUCAUCAGGAGGGCCACUGCCUUGAUCUUGUAUUCACCAGACUAUGCUCUGUUUCUGAACUCACUAACACUCCUUUCCCUCUCUCAGAUCACAACCUUAUCACAUGCAUGCUCUCCUCCAUUACUUCAAACUCAAUGUCCAUAAAGUCUACAAGGACACCUCUUACCCGCAGAAAUAUUAACGCUAUUAAUUUUCAACAACUAUCUACCUCUCUGCAACCACUGCUUUCACCAAUUUCUACAUUCACCUCUCCAGAGACCGCUGUGUCACACCUUAACCAAACUCUAGUAACAGCACUUGAUGAAGUGGCUCCAGCUACCCAUCACACUCCACGUAGACUUAGAUGUCAACCGUGGCACUCUAAAUACACUAGACACUUACAAAAACUCUCACGAAAACUGAUGUGAAUGGCCAAUUCUCUGUAAAGCGCUGCGGAAUAUGUGUGCGCUAUAUAAAUAACUGGUAAUAAAUAAAUAAAUAAAUACCCCACAAUCACCACUUAUGCAAGCUUUUGACUGUUGGUUGGUAGCGACUUUCCGCCCAUCUGGCUGUCAAAGCCAACUACGAUUAUGAAAUAGAAGCCAAAAUAGCAAACCAAAAAUCAAAGUGAAAAAAUUGCAGGGUGGGUGGGAUAGGCUUCCAAAAUGGCAAAUAGAAAGAUGGCCCCCAGGACCUGCCUAUAAGUACUGCUCCUACAAUCUCCCUAAUAGGCAGGCAAGAGCACCUGAUCACUAAGCUAGCACUGCCCUGUCUUUAACACAUUAGUCACAAAAACCAGGUCGCUUAUGUGGCUUCAGGCUUAGGCAGCCCUCAGCCUGCUUUUUACAUCCAUUCUUUUUAAUAAAAUGAUGCUAUGUUUAUCCUCUUUUCUACCCUAAAUAAUCAGUAAUGAAGAGGAUUGUGUCAUUAUUAUUAUUAUUUUUUUUUAGUAUCGUCUUUUUAGGCAGAGUGCAUCUAGAACUGUGUUUCCCCACCUGGGUACUCUGUGCCUUUCAAAGAGAAGCCUUCAAUUCAACUGUUUACACUGCCAGUUCAACCUUUUGCUUCUCCACAAACCAGGCCAUCUUGCUUUGUAAGCCUAUGCUGGUUGGUGUAAAUCUAGGCACAUGGCACCACAAAAGUGGAGUUUAUACUGUGCCUUCACUAUUUUGUGCUUUAUAAAUAAGGUCCUGUGAUACACUGGAGACUCUGAAUUACCCUGUGUACACUGGUGACUGUGAACUAGCAUUAUAUACUCUGAGCUGCAUAAAUAGAACUAGCAUAUGUACUCUGAUCUGGCAUAUUAGUAUUGGCUAUUCACAUUGGAGCAUUGGAUACAUGGAGGAAGCACAGUGUGCACACUGCAGCCUCUUAACCAGCACUGAGCACCAAAUGCCAUCAGUGGGAUCAGAAUGUGAUCCCGCCGCACGAGAUACCGAUUGUCAGUAUACCGACACCGGUAUACCAGGCGACAGAUUGCCGGCAGGGAGGCGAGCACAAUGAAGCCACUUGUGGGCCAGAUUCUAUUCUCCCUCUAUGGGUGUCAUGGACACCCAUAGAGCGGGGAGGGGAAUCACCUAACUCACCGGUAUUCUGGCGACGGUAUCGUGACCCUGUCGGGAUCCCGGCGGCGGUAUUAAGACAGCCCGGGAUCCCGACGAGCAGUAUGCUAACCGCAUAGCGCAUACCCUUAAGCAGCACUGCAUGCAUUUGAGGCUCUGAUCCAGCACUGUGCACCUUGGAGACUUCACACCAGCACUUUUGAGACUGAGCCAUAAUUGUAAUCAUUAACUACAACACAGUACUGCAUACAUUGGAGCCCUUUAACCAAUAUUGUGUGGAGUCUCUGACCAGCACCGUGUACACUGGAGACUCUGAGACAGCACUGUGUAUGUUGUAGUCUGUAAGCACUGUGUAGGCUAAAGGUUCUGCACAGGACCUGCAGAACUCCAGCACACUGAUUUCAUUUUAAGCCUGUGAACCUUGUAAAGCUUUUAUAUAUAUUUAUAGAAACAUGUAUUUGAUAAACAUGAUAAAUAAAUCAAAUAAUGAGCACAA